AACUAGAUGCUUUGUCGCUUUUGUCAGAAAGAGAGAUGGGCUAAUACUCUCCCAUGCUGGCGUUUCCUCCAGUUUGUAAAUUUUAUUUCAUUUUCUUAAUUUGGACACAUUUUUUCUCAAACUAAAUUAUUUGCUGACGUGUCUCCUAACUUGAAGUGGCUCAGGAUACACUAUUGAGGUUGACUUCAGAACAAGUUUUUAUUGACCAUUCAGAAGCUUUGUCUGUUAUGCUUCUCAUCGUGAGAGUGUAAACAGGGCAGUAUGGGAGUGGCUGGUGUUAAGGUAGGUGUGUGAACAUUGGACAGGAAAAAUCCUUCUGCUUCAGGAGGAAAAGAGGUAAAAGAACAAUAGUGCCCUUUGGAACAGCCAUGACUCACACCUGAGGACUGUCUUAUAUAAGAGAAAGUUCAGAGUCCUAUUAAAUGACACCUGAGACAGACACAGACACAGGAGACUCGCCUCUAACCACCUAAGUACUGAAUACACAUAUGGAAGAUGGGUGAAGUGGCAACAACCCUGGCGGCUUAAUAACCACUGCACCUCCUCAUCAUCACCAUAUUCUCCUCCUCCUCUCUGUAUCCAAUCUCCUUCAGCUCUUCUCUCCAACCCUCCACCACAUCACACGGAUAGUCUUUCUCCACAACACCCACACAGCCACACACAUUCCUCUCUUGCUAUCUCCCUCUCUCUCUUACACACACACACACACACACACACACACACAUGCCCUCCUGCUUGGGGAUUUGAAGAUGUGACUGAAGCUGCCUUGUAAUCAUAUGAAAGUGGAAUAUAAUCCCGAAGCUCCCUCCAUCUUUUUCACUCUUGGAGCGGGGAUGUUGAAGGAGAGGACAGAGAUGAGUGACAUGUAAUGGAAUGAUUGUGGAAAUAAGAUCCUGCUGACCGUUUCUCAUUUUAUGUGGACCUGCGCUGACGCUGCACCUUCAGGAGACUGGGAUGACACCACAGGGCGUUAAAGAGAUACUGGGCAGGUAAAGACCGGGGACACAAACGACAAAGAUCAAAAGGGAUCGUAAGCAUCAUCUGUGACUGGGACACAAGAGACUGGGCAGCCUGUGAUGGAACGGUUCUCACCAGGGGUCACAAUUCCCUCAAACCCUGCUGAGUGUGUCGCCUCUGACCCGAUUUCUGCUGAGGUGAAGGUCUUCCACCAGCCUGAGGAACAAUUAAAGAGCUCCAGUGAAAUAUCAUGCUCACCAAAGAACAUUAAAGACAGUGAACAGACUGCUGCACUAACCUGCAAUAUCAACUCUGACCAUGUGACUGAUCAACAACAUACAGGUCAUCACUACAUUGCAGAGACCCAUGUGUCUGACGGUGCAGAUUUACAGCUCAAAGACAUAAUGAACCAUCACAAUAAACAAGCAUGUGGAGGAUUAUUGUCAGUGCACAGGGACCACGUUUUAUAUCCUCAUAGAGACCUGAAAGAACACAGCCUGUUAUCAAUACAGAGAAGCCAAUCAGACAGCUUGCAGAUAUAUGAAGACGGCCAAGCUCCUUCUCGCAACUGUGAUGCUGGCUCAUUUUGUUACCCAAUAAAGGAGCAGGAGACUUGUGCGCAGUCAUUCCCGUCUUUAGUGUGUAAACAGGCCAUGCCGCUUCAGCAAAGCAAUACGGUUACAACAUCCACCAGAACGGGGAGCAGCAGAUCAGGCAGUCCCACUCAGCCAUCCCAACAAACAUUUGUUCAGACUGGCGCAUCUUCCCAAAUACAAGUGCCCAGUGAGGCCAUUCCAGAGUCUUCUUGCUCGAAAUUUCAUGAUGCCGUUUGCUGUAAUUUACACUUCCAUCAUGGAGCAGUAGAGGACACGUUUGCAGCAUACUGCCACCCACAGCCCAUUCCUGCCCCAGCACAGCUGUUGCCACACUUAGUGGGAAUGGAAGGGAACCACAGGGCCCAGGUGGCAUCAGGCAACUCGCUUGCUCUCCCUCGACUCAUCAGCUCUGUCAGCGAGACAGGAUUGAAUGCUAAACGACUGUUUCACUGCUGCGAUCUGGACUGCUCUUGGCCUGGUCCACUGCGUCCCACAAGAACUCAGAUGAGGCAGUGGAAAGAUGGAGAGACCACAAGGGAAGCAGCGACCAUGACCUCACAGAAAGAACUGAGAGAUAUAGGGGUGCAAGUAGGUCAAGACUCUGAGGAAUAUCCAGAGCACGUGUUCCCAGAAGUAUGUCUGCUUGAGGAAAAGGUGAACGGGAGCGACAAAACCGCGCCAAAGAGUCAAAAGUCUCCUGUAAGGGAUGUGAAAUGGGAUGCAGAAGGCAUGACCUGGGAAGUGUACGGAGCCUCAGUUGAUCCCGAGGAACUUGGAAUUGCGAUUCAGCAACAUCUGGAACUGCAGAUUAAAGAGACUAUGGGAAUAGCAGCAAAGCUCUCGCGCCAGAACACAGCAACAUCUCAGCACAGCUCAGGAUCAACACACGGGAAUAAAAGGAGGUUAUUGAAAUCCCUGCGUCGUCCAGGCUGCUGUACUAGUACCACCACUGCGGUGGACUAAAUAACCAACGUGACUUCAAACUGAUAUUUUUGAAAGACCUUUAGAUAUUGAAAGCCAAGUGAAAACUAGAUUCAUUCUAACCUUGAUCAUUUUACAAGAAAAAGACAUUUCUUAAAAAUUCUUUGUAUUUGCUCUUGGAUAACAGAACUAAGUAGUAUGUUAUGGAGAAAAUUGUGCACAUAGGUCUUCCAUUCAUUUGAAUAAAAAGAUAAUAGAAAUAAAUGUAUAACUAAACAUAUAUAUGUAAUAAAACUAAUCAGUAGAAUUAGUUUGUCAAGCUUUAAUAAUUUACAGAAAGAUUGUGUGUUUUUAUAACUGCUAUCCUUGUAUUUUAGUUUUCCUUCACCUUUCAAAGAUUAUGACUUACAAUAAUGUAAAAUUGUGUCCAAUAAUUAAAAUGUGUUGAUUAUUGAAUCAGCUUCCAGCACUCUGUUAGAGGUAUUAGAAUGACGCGACCUGCUGGACAAAACACAAUUACAAAGGCUGAUCAAAUUAUAUGAACAUAAAAAAUAAUGUUAAUAUUUAAGUCUAUUUAAAAAAGUACUAGAGCCACAACAACGCCAAUGCAGACACAUAAUCAUAUAAUUUCCAAACAACUUUCCCUUUAAUGAAGGAACAUAGAAAAUACUGCAGCACGUACAUUUGUCAAAAUGUUUGAUUGUUUGUCAAAAAAAGCUUUUCAAAGCUAAUUAAAUGUUUCAGAAGC